GCACAACAGCAGCAGAAAUAUGAGAUCAUCCAAUGCGCUUCCCCUCCCCCGCAUCCGAUCCUUCCCACAGGAUUUCCGCAUUUCAGAGUCUCCAAGCCAUUUCACAGAAGCUGCCAAGGAUCCACAGCAUAUUGAAAAUCCGUGAAUCUUCAGUGGGAUUGUGCUAGCAUCUGGUGUCUCGUACAUUAACCGGUGCGACGAGGGAAUUCCAUCUGUGCUGAAGAGAAAACUAUGUUGAUUUCUGGCGAUAAUAAUAACUGAAUCCCAGUGCUGUUGCAAACAGGGGAGACGAACUCCCUCACAGAGAUCAGAAAACAGUCGAGUACACCCACCCCGGGAGCGUUGUGAAGACUUCAGUAUUUGUCCAGCCGUCUCUUACUGACCACUGAAACACUUUCACUUUCUUUUAUUUCACGGAAUCUUGCCGCUUGCUUCCCGUCGCCAUGUCUUCUUCAGCCAGAGCCAGCUCCCAGGAGAAAUUUGUCUGUGCCCUCUGCCUGGAUAUGUUCAGUGACCCAGCCACUAUACCAUGUGGGCACAGUUUCUGCUUGCCAUGUAUUGCCAGGUACUGGGAGCUGAGCUCUGACACAGGGAAGGCUAACUGCCCUCAAUGUCUCCGCACCUUCACUCCCAUACCCACACUGCAGAAAAACCUCACUUUAUGUGAGAUCCUGGAAGACCUCCAGGCCAGUGGUGAGAUCUCUUCUGGCUCUCAUCCAGCUGGACCGGGGGAUGUCACCUGCGAUAUCUGCACCAAGACCAAAGUGAAAGGCAGGAAAAGUUGCUUGGACUGCCUGCUCACAUACUGCGGGCCCCACUUGCAGCCUCAUCACCAGGAGGCAGCUCUGAAGGACCAUGUCCUUGUUGACCCCAUCAAGCAUCUCCACACCCAACGAGACUGUGCAGCUCAUGGGGAGCCCUUGGACUGGUUCUGUCGGACCGAGGGGGAGAGUAUUUGCAGGUUAUGUGUUGCGGAACAGCACAUAAUCCAUGAUGUGGUGACUGUACCAGAGGAAGUGGCUCAACAACAGGAACUGAUUCUGCGUAACUCAUCAACUCUGAAACAACAGCUGCAAAAGACAUUGGCAGAGAUCAGUGACCUGCAGGUGAAUGUCGAUUCAGUCAAGAAUUCCUCACAGGAGGUGAGAACUGAGAUCACCCAGAAAUUCACAGCCAUGGUCAAACUCAUCGAAGAAGCCCACAAAGAAGCGAUUGUGCUGAUUAAUAACGAUGAGCAAGUGACACUGGGCCAAGCCAAGACUAUGAGGGCCCAGCUGCAGCAGAGGUGUACUGAGCUCACUGCUCGUGAAGACCAACUGAGAACGCUGCUGAAGAUCAAUGACAACCUGAUAUUUCUGCAGGAAUCCAGUUGUGUAAAAACAAGAGCCCAGCCUCUGGAGUCCCCACAAUUCCAACAAACAGAUGCACAGUCCACAAUGGCUUGUGUCAAAGUCUCUGUCAAUGAUCUUGCCACAUCGAUUAAACAGCAAGUGAUCUCAUUUUGCAAGCAAAUCCAAGACAAGCAAAAUAUUGGAAGAACCUGUUCUGAGACCAAGCAGAUCAGGCCGGCUAAUCCAAAGAAAGUCAUGAUCAAGAAAGGUUUGCAAUGUUACAAUCUAAAGACAGGCAUGACCAAGGAAGAUUUUAUACGUUCCACUCCAAGCAUCAUGGAAGCCCCCCAGUCAGGGCGCAGAAUGGAAUUGUUAAGGUAUGCUGAAAGUCUCCGAUUUGAUGUGCGUUCUGCACAUUGUUUACUUAACUUCCACAAUAGUUAUCAGACUGUGUCAAGUUUAAUUGAACUGAAAUACCCUGAUGAUCCUUUGAGAUUUAAUGUCCAACCACAAAUCCUGUGUGAGAAUCGUUGGUUCAACCUCAAGCGCUACUAUUGUGAAGUGGAGGUGUACAAACCUCAGACGACUAACCAUAUCUGUAUCGGCAUCACAUCUCCCUGCAUCCAAAGAAAAGGGGCCGACACCUCCUGUAUCCUUGGUAGAUAUAACCAGUCAUGGUGUUUAGAUUUGUUUCUAACACCACGUAACACCUUCUUGGUUUUUGGUAAUGGAGUAGAGUCUGAAGUACCGCGCGUAGCAUACAACAGAAUCGGAAUGUCCCUGGAAGCCAAUACCUUGUCAUUUUAUGGUGUGACAGAUACAAUGAAUCUAAUCCACAAAUUCUCAAAUGUUCAUUUUAAGGAAGCCCAUCCUGCUUUUCGAAUUGAGGAUGGGACGGCGCUGAGUCUUUGUCAACCUCAAUGAGGACUUGCCGAUCAUGUGUGUUGGGAGUCUCAUGUUGAACAUCUUUAGACAGAAAUAUGAUUCCUUGUCCAGUGGUUGAGACCAUCUGGGGGGUUGAAGAAUGUUUGGAUUCUGCACCUGUUGUUAGUUUUUCAUUUUGAAGCUGGGAACGCUGGGGCAAUGAAUAUCGCUUCUUGUCAACCAUUAAAGAGCAGAAUGGGUCAUGGGGCUUAUAGGAAGGCAGCUCACCAUCGCCCUCUCUGUGGAAGUGAGAGAUCAGUCAAAAAAAUUGCUGUCCCUCCCAGUGACACUCAACAUUCCCCACAAUAAAAAGCUUGGAAAAAUCA